UCCGCACCCAAGCAGAGAGUAGAAAACAACGCAAGAGGGAGAGAGGGAGAGAGAGAGGGAGUUCUGCAUAGCAGUAGCAGCAGCGGCAGGCAUGGACGCCGCGGAAGGAGAUGAUCAUUACGAAAUUCUAGGGCUUCCAUCGGGCGAAGAGGGCGCCAAGCUAACCCCAGAAGAUAUCAAGAAAGCAUAUAGGGCAAAAGCCCUUUCCUCUCACCCCGACAAGCGCCCCGACGACCCCCAUGCUCACUCCACCUUCCAGAAAAUCACUUCCUCUUACGAUAUUCUCAAGAAUCCUGAUGCUCGAAAAGCCUUCGAUGCCCUCCUCCGUGCCAGGAACGAUCGCCUCCGCCGUGUUUUCCAUCUCGACUCCAAGCGCCGGAGGAUGAUGUCCGAUCUUGAGGAACGGGAGCGUGCCGCGUUUGCCGUUGAUCCAGAAGAGAAGGCCCGGGCGGAGGAGGAGAGGGCCGCGCGGAAGUUUCAGGAAGAAGUGACGAAGAUCCGUGAGAUGCAUGCCAAGAAGAAAGCGGCUGUGGCGGAGGAGGGGAGCGGGACCGGGGAAGGUUUGGAAAAGGCGAGAGUUUUGAAGGUCUCUUGGGAAAGGGAUGGAGAAGAUUACAGUGCGGAGAGGCUGAAGAAGUUGUUCACGAGGUUUGGCAAGGUCGAGGAUGUGGUGAUCCGGGGCAAAGGGUCGAAGAAGAAGAGAUCAGCUCUCGUUGUCAUGGCGACAAAGGAGGGUGCGGUUGCUGCAUCACAAAGUAUGCGUGGGGAUAUAUCAAACCCUCUUGAUGUUGUUCCUCUACAUCCUGAUGACAAUCAUUUAUCAAGCACACCUCCUAUGAAACAUGCUAAGUCUGACGCUCCAAGUCUAAGCAAUCUUGUUGGUGCUGGAUAUCAGGCUUAUGAAGAUUCUAUUUUAAAGAAGCUCCAAAAGAAUAACUGCAAUUUAACUUUUAAUUGGAGGAGCUUCCAGGUGUUAGAUUGGAGAAUAGAACCAUUAUGUGUUUCUCUGCCGCCAUGGCUGCUGAGAAACAAAAAUCAUGAAAAAGCAAUGAAAAAAUUGGCUCGGGUAUCCCUGCACAUGGUUCAUGACAUCUUAUUCUAGUUGAUUUGUAAAGGAGGUAAUGGCAUUUACUAUUUCUUUUCAUUCUCCAUCAUGUCAGAUUCAACGGUGAGCUAAUAGGCUUCCUUGUCUUUUCUUAAAGUAAUUUAAGGUAAUGAAAGAAGAUAGAAAUCCUCAGGGCUUCUUGGCUGAUGGAAUUGGGCCCAAGAUACAGCAAGUGUAGGCUUACUACAGAGGUCUCUUGUAAGUUGUAACAUGGGGGUAACCGAAGGCAGAUUAUUUUUGGGUGUGAUUCUUUGCUCCAUACAUUGAUGUCCACUAAUUAUGUUCAAUUUCUGUUUGCACCUUACAUUCAUAGUUUCUGUUUGGAGCGUCUGUUGCAAACUGCACUUUGGGUGAAUCAUAACCCCUUAGAUGGCAUUUCCAUCACAAUCCUCAGCUCUAUUUUAUAGGUAGGUGUAUGUUGAUUGUUGAGAGUAACCUCGAAAGAAGCAACUUCAAGACAGAAGGUUAACAAAACUGCAAACAUGAUGUACCACAUUUUAGCACUUGAAGCUAAUAUUAUUUGAAUGAAAAAAACCUCUUAUUCAUGAUA